AAGUUGUUGGGCGCUGGGCCGGCGGCGGGAGGGCGAGCGGGCGGGCGGCGGGCCGGCGGGUGGAGUGGGGCCGGGGCUCGAGAAGUUUGCACGGCGGCUUCAGAGCGCCGGGUGCGGGCCCCGCCGGCCGUGCGCGCCCGCUGCCAUGGCUUUCCGCCGGAGGACGAAAAGUUACCCGCUCUUCAGCCAGGAGUUCGUCAUCCACAACCAUGCGGACAUCGGCUUCUGCCUGGUGCUCUGCGUCCUCAUCGGGCUUAUGUUCGAGGUCACCGCCAAGACUGCCUUCCUAUUUAUCUUACCUCAGUACAAUGUUAGCAUGCCUACGGCAGACGGCGAGACGGUGCACUACCACUACGGCCCGAAAGACCUGGUCACUGUCUUGUUCUACAUCUUCAUUGCCAUCAUCCUGCACGCCGUGGUGCAGGAGUACAUACUAGACAAAAUCAGCAAACGGCUUCAUCUCUCCAAAGUCAAGCACAGCAAAUUCAACGAGUCUGGGCAGUUGGUGGUCUUUCAUCUCAGCUCGGUGAUCUGGUGCUUCUACGUGGUGGUGACGGAAGGGUACUUAACAAACCCGAGGAGCCUCUGGGAAGACUACCCACACGUGUACCUCCCCUUCCAGGUGAAGUUCUUCUACCUGUGCCAGCUGGCCUACUGGCUGCACGCACUUCCCGAGCUGUACUUCCAGAAGGUACGGAAGGAGGAGAUCCCGCGGCAGCUCCAGUACAUCUGUCUGUACCUGAUCCACAUCGCAGGCGCGUACCUCUUAAACCUGAGCCGCCUGGGCCUCAUCCUGCUCCUGCUGCAGUACUCCACGGAGUUCCUCUUCCACACGGCCCGGCUCUGCCACUUCGCGGACGAGAACAACGAGAAGCUGUUCAACGCCUGGGCGGCCGUAUUUGGAGUCACCCGCCUCUUCAUCCUCACCCUGGCUGUGCUGGCCAUCGGCUUCGGCCUCGCUCGCAUGGAAAACCAGGCCUUUGACCCCGAGAAGGGGAACUUCAACACGUUACUCUGCAGGCUGUGCGUGCUGCUGCUGGUGUGUGCCGCCCAGGCCUGGCUCAUGUGGCGCUUCAUCCACUCGCAGCUGCGGCACUGGCGCGAGUACUGGAGUGAGCAGAGCGCCAAGCGCAGGGUGCCCGCCGCCCCCAGGCUGGCGGCCAGGCUCAUCAAGAGGGAGUCGGGUUACCACGAAAAUGGGGUGGUGAAAGCCGAGAAUGGAACCUCCACACGGACUAAGAAACUGAAGUCUCCUUAAGGCCAAAGCGCUGAGAACAGGAAUCCUCUCGUGGGGGCCAGCAGGGAGCCCCCCCACCUGCCUUCCUGCUCCAGAUGCCCCGCCUCAAAACAGCACAAUCCCGUCUUCACACAGGGCCUUUUCCUCUUUCUCACGUCUCGGUUGUCUUUUCUUCCUUCUCCGUGAACUGUUCUCAAUAAAACCAAAAAUCUCCCUCUCUCCCUUCCUCCGGCCACCUCACCUCCUCCCCUCUGUCCUGGGUGGGUUUUGCUAGAAGCCCAGGCUCUUCUCACGGUUCCUUUCCUGUUGCCCUCUUCUUUCCUUUAUGGCUUGUUUCUCUUUUUACUCGUUAGUGUACCUUAUUGUACAAUUUCUCCGUGUCUGAUUUUUUACAACGAGAGGAGGCUAAGCCUGCAGUGCUUGCCAUCCAACACCCAGUCCCUGGGACUUGAGUCGGCCACCCCGUGCCAUGGAGCCUCCGCCAGGCCGGCAGCAGUGAUCUCUGUGUGGAUGGGCAGCAGGAGAGACCGGCCCUCUUGGAUCAUCAUCUCCUAGGUGCUGAUGAACUGACGAGAUGUAUGAUUCCGGUUCUGCACGUGCCAUCUUGAGCCUCCCCCCGGCCCCGGGGGCCCCUUCUAGUCCUAAGUGCCAAGGCGUUUGGCUUUGGGACGUGACUACUCACUCGUUCCAGAAGGAUGGUGGUGCAUCGGCAGCCACCCCUGCUCUCUGUCGGGGACCUGCUAGAGGACGACGAGUCGUCCCACUCUACAGCAAGAUCAACGUCACCUGUGCGGCGGGCGCCUCCAGAGAGAGAACGCGGCAGAAAUGAUGGCGUCGACCUGGCCUUCUGUGGCACGUCAGCUGCACUGCGCUUCUCAUCAUUCACCAGCAACCAAACCAAACAGCAGUUAACAAACCAGCCCAGUGGGGGACGCGCCGGUUCUAAACCCAGCAGCCCUGCCUGUUGGGGGCUGGCCUUGCCCCUGACUUCAUCUCUCUCGCUGCAGGAACACUAAGCUCCCCGCUGACCCCUGGUGCCCCAGCAAGGGUCACCUAGGCCCCUCAACCUCGAGCCUCACUUGCUGACUGUCCUAUGGAGUUGUUGUCAUCAUCUGCUGCUGUUUGCUGAGCAUGCCCACAGCAUUUUAGAUGGUGUGAACCCAGGCUGACUCAGAAUCGCUCUGCUGGUUAGGUGGGCAGACCUAGCCUUGUUGACGGGAGUCUUUUUGCACCUUCCCCCCAUGUGUUCUCCCCCAACCCCCCAGAGACAAGGCUUCCAGGCCUCACGGUGCCUUGAGAGGACUCCAGCAGGGAGCAAGGCUCUCAGGAGGAGACCUGAGUGCCAAGUGGAGCUGGUGAGAGCAGGCAUGUUAGUGCCAUUUGAGAGGCUGGUCUUCUUUCUGACAUCAGAGUAGAAAGCAAACUUUGGGUUAUUACCCAGCAGGGGAGAAAUGGGUCUCUUCAUCAAGGCAGCUUCUUUCUCCAGGUCACUUGCCCCAGAGAGAAGUUUUAAUCUCCCAGUGCCUGGGAUUUGCUUCCUGACAGUCUGGUAGACCCUCGCUUCUCUGUCACCAUGAGGCCCUGGAGAGGGGAAGGGGUUCUCUUGAUUACCAUUAGGAGAGGGACAAUGCUUGUGAAAAUGCAAAUUCCUCCCAUCUUUUCCUUCUCCUUCCCUGACACUUACCUGGGCUGCAAGGCAGAAUGCUAGUGAAAGGGUGGCUUGUACCAACCCAGCGGACCCAGUCUAGAAAGCCCUCAGCCAUUCAAAUAGUCCCCCUCCCCGUUCGCAGCUGUAGCCAAGUUUGUGCUCCUACCUUGCCCAGGGAUGCUGUGUAUGUAGCCCGGGUCAGCCUGCAGCCUCCUCAGCCUGCCCGCCAGCCUUGCACCCGGCCCAGUCCUCUCUAGGCUGUGUCCUUGACAGUGACCCCCGGAGGCCACCCCCCAUGCUGGGGAGCCCUGCAGCCUCAUGCCUUCUCCCUGGGCCAGGGAGGAGGGAGCCGCAGCUGAGGCACUGCCCAGGGCAGCGUCCCUUCUCGGGUACCAAGGUGAUCGCUGACAACACAGGUGUUUGGCGUGCCUGUGGUCUCCUCGGUUCCAAGUGCUUCACGGUGGUACCACCAGCCCGGGGCCGGGCCGACUCUCUCUGCGACCUAAACAAUGGGGUCGGUCGGUUCCCCGAUGAGAGUUGGGGAAAUCUUCCCCGCCACGUGAGGCCCCUGAGAACAUUGUGGGAGGCUAGUGUCCUACCCGCCAGCUUCAGGAGUGAUUUGAGGGGAGGCUGAGAGGGUAACUGUAGGUGCCUGUCACCCCGGGCGUGCCUGGCACAUUUGCUUCAGAGCAGAACCAAGCCUGUGGCAGGUUGGCUCACAGUGUGUGGCCAGGGGCCGACAGAUCUCAGUUCCGCUUGGUCCUGAGAACUUGGGCUUCCUCGUCUUGGUUUGGCCAUUCUGGCUAUGUUCUUCAGUCUCAAAUCCUCUGUGAUGGCCCGGCCAGACGCCCCCAAGUUUGAGAGGCUGCUUAGCACCAUCUGCCAGGAGCCAAGCAGACGCUUAUCUACCUCAGCAGCCCCGCCCCACGCCAGCAUCGCUGGCUGGCACAUGUGGGGGCACCUGGUGGCGUGGGAGAGGAGGCCCUGGGGUGGCGAUCCUAACCCUCCCUGGAGGCUCCAUGAUGCGAAGUUGUUUUCUCGCUCCAGGUUCUGAUAACUGCAUAUUAUUCCUAGGUUAUAGGUGCCCCUUCUGAAGGCAGGGCAGUUCUUGGGGUCCCAGGAGCAGGCUGAGCUGGGCCUGGUCAGUCCUAGCCCUAGACCUGCAUCCUUUCCCAAUGAGGACCUCUCCCAUUUCUGUCCCAAGUGGAGCUACCACACUUCAGAAACCAGACUAGAUCCCUGCCCUGGCUGCCUCUGCAGAGGCUGCCAUUGACUGGAAAGCCCUGGAGCUGGGCCGGGUGUUCGGGGAUGCGCGUGGCUGGGUUGCUUUGGGGACCUUCUUUCUCGUUGCCUUUGACUAUUUCCUUGGUGCUGAGUAGGAGGUACGGGCAGGGUGUGUGCCCCCCUUCCGGGUUCCACCACAGAAAAUUCUGUUCCCUGGGUUGCUUUUCAAGUUCGAGGUGGCUGCUCCCCGCAGCCUUUUGGGUUCCAUCCUGGGCUUCGGCCUCCCUGUUGGUUUGUCCUAGGCCUGGGGGCCAAGAAGGCUGGGAGGUCUGCACGUGACUCAGGCCCCUGCAGGGGCCUCCGUGUCCCAGUGAACAGACCCCCUUUCCUGAGGGUCAGGGCCUGACUCCCGUGGAGUGUGGGCCGUAGGCUUGUGAGUCAGGACCGCUGAGUGGUCUUUCUCUCCCCACUGCCAUCCUAGCUCACAGCCCUCUCCUCAGGAGGGCUUAUGCACAACUGGACAACUGAACUAUUGACGGAUCACUUGGGGCCUAAGUCGCGUCUCUCCCCAGGUAUGGCUGGCUCAGCGAGGAGCCUUCACCAGCUUCUCUCUCAGUUCUUGCGUGAGUAGUGAUUCCUUUCAGAAGGCUGUGAAAGACCACAGGUCCCCCAGCCGCCUGCCUUUACCAGCUCAUUCUUUUAUGGAGGUCCCCAGAAAGCAUGGGGGCGCUGGCUCUGCGAGGCCUCUUUCUGCCCUGAGCUGAUCCUGUAUCUUCUUGUCAGAAGUGCCUUACUUGCCGGGGUCUCCUGGCCUCCACCUGCACUGUGUGGCCAGCCCCCAGCCCCAGUACAGCUACGUGGAAAAGGGACGCGGACUGUGACAGCUUCCCCUCAUUCAUCUUAGCCUCACCCCCGCCUGUUGUCAGGAUCUGGUGGUUUCCAGUUCCUCCUUGAGUCCAAGUGGUCGUUAGGAUCCCUCUCGGGGCUCCCUGGGCACCAGGCCGCCAUGCCUCUGGCCCAUGCGCUGAACCCUGCUCAUCCAGCUCCCCCAUGUAGAAGGAAAGGUACCCUCGCAGUAGCCUCUUCCCAUUCCACCCAAAGUUUAUGCAGGAAGGUGUUUACUCUUACUUCCGGUCACAAGUGUUACUCACAGAUGCCCGUCUGACGUGGGUCCGGCUGGGCUGUGGCAGACGCCCCUCCAUGCAGUGUUACCUUGUUGAGCAUCAGCUCCCCCUCGCCCGCCCCUUCCCGCCACCUCCUCACUCUUCCGGGUUGUGCAAUAACUCUCCCAGCCAGUGGUCUUUCCCACAGGCCGUCUGUCCCCCCCAGUGCCCGGCCACUGGGGCAGGACGGGACCCACGGGAGGGUGGUCGUCAUCCCCAGAGAAGAAACAGCAGCCACGCUCCCUCUGUCGUUCUCGUGACCUUGGUGGCACUCUAGUGGAACAUGAUAGCAUCGUCUUAGAAGUCCCUGUAUUUUUUAAACUGUUUAAAAAGGAAAAAAAAAAACAUCCUCACGAUGGGGCAUUAAUAGGUUAGCAUCUGAGAAUAAGAUCUGUGAGACACCCGAGGCAUCACCAGCACUUCGCUGAAAGCGUUCAAGAGUGUGUGUGGAGAGGAGGGAGGUUUUCUUGGGAAUCAGCCAUGGGUGGACAGCCCUGGUCACCUGAUCGCCUCUGACCGGUGGUAAGUACCACCGUCUCCUUGGGUACAGAGUCAAGUGUUUAUGUGACGAGACUCUACACCUCAUCUUUUUCCGUUUCUCUUGUUUAAUAAACAUCUGAAGGAUGAGCUGAGGCUGUUGGUGCCCUGAGCAACUCAUAAUGCAGAUGUGGACGAAGUAUCUCUUCUCUUUUCUGUUUCAGCCUGUUCAUGUUAUGGACCAAAUUUCCAACAAGGAACUCAAGGAAAAUUUGUACCUGCCGUAUUUAUGCUUUCAUGUAAAAGGGUUUUUUGUUUGUUUGUUUGUUUUUGAGGGGGCUCAUUUUACUUUCAGUGAACUUUUUUCCAAAUCCUUUUCCCACUGUUUCUGUCUGGUUUUAAAACAAAUUACAGUUUUGUAUGAAUUUUUUUAAAUGUACAUUUUGAAACAAAUGAUCAAAUAUUUUUGAAAUAACUGAAUAAAAGGCAUAGAAUUAUUA